AUGAAUGAUCACUUGCUAAGCUUAGGCUUUGUGAAAAGUCUUAGUGAAUCAACUUUAUAUAUAAAGAAAAAUGGUGCUGAUUUGACCAUUGUUUCUAUUUAUGUUGAUGAUCUUCUUAUUACAGGAAGCAAACAGGAGCUUAUUGACUGUUUUAAGGCUGAAAUGUUCAAAGAAUUUGAAAUGACAGACCUUGGGUUGAUGUCUUAUUUUCUUGGUUUGGAAGUAAGACAAAGGAAGAAUGAGAUCUUCAUUAAUCAAAGCAAAUAUGCAAAAGAGAUACUAAAGAAAUUUCAUAUGGAAGGGUGUAAGCCAGUUGACACUCCUAUGCAGCCUAGAGUAAAAUUCUAUAAAGAUGAUGGUGCUGUCAAAGUGAAUGAAAAUCAUUAUAGAAGUUUACUUGGCUGUCUUAUGUACCUCAGUGCCUCCAGACCUGACAUAAUGCAUGCUGUUGGUCUCCUUUCUAGAUUUAUGCAUUGUGCUAGUGAGGAAUAUUUACAAGCUGCAAAACGUGUUAUGAGAUACAUAAAGGGAACAAUUGAUUUUGGAGUAAAGUAUGUUUGCUGUCCAAAUUUCAAGUUAGUUGGUUUUUCUGACAGUGAUUGGGCAGGUUCGGUAGAUGAUAUGAAAAGUACUACAGGUUUCUGCUUUAACUUUGGAUCAGGUGCGAUCAAUUGGUGUUCUAGGAAGCAAGAAAUCAUUGCUCAAAGUACUGCAGAGGCUGAAUUUGUUGCUGCAGCUGCUGCAACAAAUCAUGCUUUGUGGCUUAGGAAAAUUCUCAAAGAUUUGAAUGAAGAACAGGUAGAGCCAACGUCAAUUUUUGUUGAUAAUCAGGUAGCCAUAUCAAUCUCAUCUAAUCCGGUAUUUCAUGGGAAGACAAAGCAUUUCAAGAUUAAGUUCUACUUUAUAAGGGAAAUUCAAAAAGAAGGAGAAGUGUUGUUAGUUUAUUGUAGAGCAGAGGACCAGAUUGCUGAUGGAUUUACUAAAGCUUUGCCUAAAGCCAAAUUUGCAGAUUCAACAAAUAAAAUGGGAGUUUGCAGCAUCAAAGACAAGGAGGAGUGUUAG